AUGACUGGAAAUACGAGAAACCCGUUUGAGUUGCUUGUCCAACAAGUUCAUAAAGGACAAAACUGUACGAACAAGUUACCCGUUCGUAAAAUAUACAUCGAUGAAGAUCCUGCGAAGGAACAAAUGGUACCUUGCCCCCGGUGCCUAGAUCGCGACCAGCAAAACAUGGUGCGCUAUUUGUUCAUCAAUUUGAAUGAAGCUAUUUACAAAUGUGAAGCUUACGAUUGCAUGUAUCCCUUCCGGGACUUUAAGUUCAAAAACUUUGAAGAGAGUUCCGUGUACCGAUAUGAGCUGCAGUCAUCACACCAGCAUGACUUCGAUGCGAAUUUCGGUAAAAUCUUUCCGACCAGUUGCAACAAUUACGAAAACCCGAUGGAACAUAUCGCUUCGAUAGAUUUCAAUGUGGAUUUCUUAUCUUACGAUGGUGUCGACGACAAACAACCACAUUUUUCAUCAGAUGCCUCAGAACCACCCGUUUUUGCCCAAACGGCACGUACCAGUGAUCCCGCAACUAACUUUGAUACAGGAUUUAUUGAUGAAAUUCUUGAAGAUCUAUUUCCUGCAUCAUCGAACAUCGUCCCAAGCACGAUGGAAGCAGCGGAAGUGAAGGAAGUUUCGUCGAGAACCAUUUCUACUGGGCUAGCGAAUAACCAUUCAUCGUGCAAACCUGCCACACCGGCUAGCAGCAGUAGUGGCCGUAAGCUCGAAAAAUGUCUCAAAAUAUUUGAGAAAUCGUUUAAAGCUAGCGAAGAUGACGUUUUUAAGAAGCCAAAGUCUCCGGUCAAAAAUAGCCUGGUCGUUGAACACAUAUCGCCUACCAGACUAAAGAUAAAAAGAGUGCCGGAAGUGAGCGGAAAACCACACAACACGACCGAUGCUGGCAAACACAGGGAAAGAAUAGCCAAAGUAUUGCCGCUUGAUGUUGUCGGUUCGAACGGUACGCUGAAGUCGAAGCAAGCGCGAUCGUUGGUAAAAAAUAAGAAAUUAAAACCACUGGACUUGGUGUGUAAGCUAAACACGAUGAACCAACAAAAAGAAGCCACACCAUGCUCGACCGCAUUGUGCCAACAACCGACAACGGUACGGUUUAGCAGCGCUAAAGUACAAAAAAUGCUCAGUUUUAUACAGCGCAGUAUGAAAACGAGUGGUGAAACUGAGGGCAAUCCACCUAAGACUGUGACACAUGCCGAGGGCGACGAUGAUAGGAGUAGAACUUCGAAUAUAAAAAUUGAACCGCCAUCACACCCCAGCACAAUAUCCACACCGAUGCAGAAUGCCGAAAUUUACACUACCGGGAACAGUACCGAGGACCAGAUGGAUAAGAAAUAUUCUUCCGAAGCACCAACGGGUUCCGCUUCCGGUGGGAUGGAAGUGUUGUUUCAUUUUAUGCAAUCGUAA